AUGUUAAAGUGUUUGAAUUUAAUAUCAUCGAGCAGUCCAUUUAAUUACCGCAAGACGCACUUGAUAAACGUCCCCAAAAAGUUGAUUUACGGAACGGUGUUGGAUAUUCCGAGUUACUCUAGAUUUUUGCCUUGGUGCGAGAAGAGCCAUUGGAUUGACGAUGUGGUUCCGUCGGAACCAUUGAUUUGCCGGGGUCAACGCCGGGCCCAGCUUACCGUGAACUUCAAGCUCCUGAAGGAGUCAUACGUUUCGAAAGUCACUUUCGAGCCAUUCAGUUCAGUCAGAGCAGUGGCAGCAGACAGCAAUCUGUUUGAGACGUUAGACACCGUAUGGGAGUUUGAAGAGCAGGGUAAUAAUACCCUUAUAAAAUUUUAUAUCAUUUUCAAGUUCCACUUUGGGGCAUAUCAGAGCAUUUCUGCUUCUCUGGGUCGUAUGCUAACGGAUACCAUGUUGGAACGCUUCGUAAAAGAGUGCCACCGACGUCACAACACCCGGAUAUUAAGCUAG